CCUGUCUAUAAGCCUCCAGUGCGGCACAAGUCACUGUCCAGUCUCUUCCUCAUCGCUCGGUCUCGGGCGUCUUUAGUCCUGAGACAUGCGGCCCUCUUUGAUCGGCCUAUUGGCCUGGCCCGCCCUCUCUGUUGCGGCCAACUCCAACUCUUCCCUCGUUUCGUCCAAUAGAACAGACGCCUUCAACGCAGAGAAAGACGCCGAACCCAGCUUUCUCCUCAACUCUGCCUUUUCCAUUCUUGGUGUUGACGCCCCUGCUGAGUUGCUAGAGCUGCCAGUCGGCACCUGUAAUGCCGCAACGCCCUGUGUCAACGGCGCCUGUUGCAGCGGUCUCACUGGCCUCUGUGGGUAUUCACCAUCAGAAUGCGGUGUCGGCAACUGCACGUCGAACUGCGACGCCAAAGCCGAGUGCGGCGAAUAUGGUGUUCCAGGGAAGCAAAUCUGCCCGCUAGGCGUCUGCUGUUCUGGAGUCUGGACUGACAACAUACGCAGAUUUUGCGGUUCAACCGACGACUUCUGCGAUGCCGAGAAGGGUUGUCAAAAGGAAUUCGGCGGUUGUGGCCCCCCUAAGCGCCCCUCUUACAGCAAGGACGGCACAAGUAUCAACCAGCGAUCUAUCGGGUAUUACGAGACUUGGGCCAACACACGACCUUGUAGUUCCGUGUCCCCUGAGCAACUCAACCUCCAGGGCCUGACUCACGUCAACUUUGCCUUCAUGUUUUUCGAGCCCAACACCUUUGAGCUUUCGCCCAUGGACAAGAAUGCGAGUUCCCUCAUUAGCCGGUUCACCAGCCUGAAGGAGCGGAAGCCCGGGCUGGAAACAUGGGUUAGUGUCGGUGGAUGGCCCUUCAAUGAUCCUGGAAAGUAUCAACACGCCUUCAGUACCAUGUCAAGUACCGCCGCAAACCGCAAGAAGUUCAUCGGAAACUUGAUCAAGUUCAUGGAGACUUACGGGUUCGAUGAGAUGCGAACUGACCGCCUCACAGGCGUGGACUUGGACUGGGAGUAUCCCACUGCAGACGACCGUGGUGGCAAGCCCGAAGACAAGGCCAACUUCGUUCUUCUCUCCAAAGACAUUAAGGAGGCCUUCUCGGAGAAGGGCUACGGCUACUCUCUCACGCUGCCCGCGUCCUACUGGUACCUCCCACACUUUGACCUGGCGAAGGUGCAGCCCUACGUUGACUGGUUCAGUCUUAUGUCGUACGACCUGCACGCAACUCAUACCAACCUCACCAAGAUCAAUCUGGGUCUCGAUCUGCGUUGGAGAGCUGGUGUAAAGUCUCAGAACAUCGUUCUUGGCCAGGGAUGUGAGUAA